AUGAACCGUCCGGAGAAGACUUGGCUGCAGACGAUUCCCAUCGUCUGCGCUGAUCUCACCGUGCAAUCCCAUUCUCCUCCUGCUGCAUCCGCACAGGACGGCACAGGACCUAAUCGUUCAUCCUUCAAUUCGCCGCCAACGUCUCCCGCCCUCUCAUCGACGUCCACAGCUGCCGACGGCGAGGACCUUGGGUCCUCCCCAAUUUUGCCUUCGCUACCCGCGCCCAGACUCCCCGACCGAGCUCGGGAAAUUCUCAGAAGUCAAAACCAAUCCAAUCCCGAAGAAGACGAGAGAUACGUGACAGCCAGCUGGGGCUCGCCCUACUCAACUGAAGAGACGAACCUCAUUCGCCGCGAAAGCAUUGGCAGCGAUCAAUCCGAAGGCUCGCCUAUCCAUCACAUUGCUAUCAGCACUCCCUUUCUUCGACCUCCACCAGCGCUUUCGCUCGGACAGGACGAAUCGCACGAGCCCUACCUCAGCGCAGCUCAAGUUCUCGCUAAUCGCGCUCGGAGACCUGCGCGACGAUUGACUGAAGAUUGGAUUCGCCAGCACACGGCGGGUGAUCAUACUGAGGGCCGACAUUGGUUCAGCGACGGAAGCGAGCACUCUUCACUGAGCGGCUCAGGAUCUGGCGACGAAGCUGUUUGGCACGAUAAGGAAUCUCUGCGAACCCCUAGAGCCCGACCACGCCUAACGCGCGCAUCGCUCACGGAACCUCGCUAUCCUCGAACCCGAUCCAGCGUUGAGACCCUCAAGCAAGAAGACGUGAAGCCUCGAGACGAGACAACCAACGCGAAGAUGGAGAGUCCAGAUCUCUCCAAGGCUGACUUGGCCCGCGACCUGCCAGAGCUCCCACCAAUUCCCACAACCCCCAGACGGAGCGCUAGUGCCGCUGUCGGCAACACGGCGAGGACGCCAACUACACCAAUGAGGAGUGCAUCGGCCAGAGUGACAAUCAAAGAGCCCAGCAUGACGCCUCGGGUGAAGAAGAAGAUCCCGUGGAAGGGCAAGAAUAUUAUGGUUCUUCUUCCCAAAGACGAGGAACGCGGACGCCCUGGCCAUGCGCCCAAGCCGUUGAACCAGAACGAAAUCGAGGGCAUGUUUAGAUCGUGGGAAGAGCUUGGAUACGAUAUCAGUGGCUUCGAUUUAGAUCUUGCAGAGGGCACGUACCAGGUCCCUACUGGAUACUCACAGAGUCGAGACGCUUGGCCUAGCCCCGAGGACCUUGUUCGAGAGCGUGCGCAACAUACAUACAAAGUCACAUUGCCUGAUUUGAAUGCUUGGAGAGACUAUGUCAAUGAGCUUAACGAAGCCAAGUUGCGAGCUCUUGGAGUGUCAUUCGGCGACGACGAUCCCCCGGCACCUUCAAUAUCGCCUGCAGUAUCACAGCCCAGCCGACAGGCCUCUGCGCAAUAUCCGCCUUUACCAUUCUCUCCACCAUUGCCUACAUCAUCAGCGUCGAGCAACCAUGUGCAAGGCUAUCCGUUCCCCCCACAGUUCAUACCCGGUGGGCGUUCUUCUGCAGGCCACAGUCACAGCCCGAGCAUGGCUUCGCCCAUUGGCUUCGGCAGUCACCCUGCCAAGUACAAUAAUCGACAGUCAAUUUCGGUUCCCAUGGGCCACUCGCCUUUCCAGAUGCCAGGUCAACCAUCGCCUCUAGGCUGGCCAGGUCCGCAUAGAACAGAGUCGCCUAAUCUGCUGAACGGAAUCCUCUCUCCAGUCUCCCCCUUUAUGCCCGAAGGAUUUGCGCCGACUGGCAGCCCUGCUUUCAAUGCGCACCAGCGUCACCAAUCUUUGCAGUACCCCAUGAUGCCUCAUCAGCAGUUCAUGCAGCAUCAGCAGCAACCCGCGCGCGCAUCACCUCGUCUGCAAGAGGUGCGAGAAGACGAAGAGGAAGAGGAGGAGGCACACGAAGAGACGUCCAUGAAGCCCGCAGAGCCUGCACAAAUCAACGACGAUGACCUCCAGGCAGAGAUUGACGAGGCCGAGUACCACCUCGAGGAGCAGAUGCGCAACGAGUUGGAGCACGAGGACUACAGCCCCCAUAACGAGGAAGCUGCGGCUGAGCAGCUGGCCAAUUUCUCGCAACAGCAGCCUCUUGCGCAUGCCAGAGAAGCAUCGGUCCAGUUCCAGGCGCCCCAGCAGCUUCCCAAGCAGUUCGGUCCUCAAGGCGGCGAUGGCCCUGUCCUUCACCACCCGCGCCCUCACAGCCGUGGCCACUCUUUGUCCCAGAACUUCUUCUCUCACCAUGACGAGACCCGACCCCGCGGCGACAGUUUGGCCGGAUGGCACGAGGUUGACGCACAGCGGAUCGAUGAGGCGGCGGAGAUCGAGACCAACCCUAGCAAUCUUGGCACACCCGUACAAGAUUUCAGCCUCACGACUCUCUUGCAGCAGCACCAGCGAUCGUUCUCGACAACGAGCAAUCCUUGGAACGAUGUUUCGUCAAUGUCAAGCAACUCUGGCAUGCCGAGGAGACCCAGCCAUGCCAGCAAGCCCUCGCUAUCCAAGCUCAACGUCAAGGCACCCGAGUUCAAGUUUAACCCAGGACACGAGUCAAAGACGAGCUUCACUUUUGGUGCUGGUAGCAACAGCUUCCAGCCCUCAGUCUUCCAGGCUGGUGGUGGAUCAUUCGCUCCGUCAGUCACUUCCCCGUCAGCGGGCUCGUUUGGUGCAGGGUCCAUGUCGUCCAAGAUUAAUGCGGCCGCCCCUGUCUUCUCGCCUGGUCAGAGCGACUUUAGCUUUUCUGCCUCUGGUCCCAAGUUUCGACCGGAUGCACCCGCCUUCACACCCUUCGGAAAUGUUUCGGAUUCUGUCACCAGCCCUGUGUCGGGCAGCGAGAGCGCUGGGAACCGCACUAGCUCGAUUUUCGGCAACAUUGAUCUGAACCUUUCUGACAUUGUCAAGCCUCCCAAGAAGUCAAAGGCCGUCCCAAUUAUCCGCCCCAGCAGCAGCGAUAACAACCAUGAUGAAUCUCAAGACGAUCUUCCGGAUGAUGCAGAUGGUCGCUUGAUUGACGAAUCUCGCUUCAAGAGGGCAAAGGCGUCAAGAGGAGAUGAGGACGAUGUUCCUCUGUUCGCUGAGCCAUCGCCCGAACCCACGACCUUGCAGUCACUCCAGCCCAGGAAAGAGGAGCAGGAUGCCUCUGACGAGCAAGCUUACACGCCCGCCGACACUACCAUGUCUUCCACCGUUGCUUCCGAGCACCCCGCCGACUCCAAGGCUGUUACGGCUACUAGCCCCUCGGAUACUUCGCCUGACCAGCAGCACCUGAACUGGGCACCCUUCGAAUUCGACUCAAACAACGAUGUUCAAAGCUUUGCUGAAGCCCGGCCUUUUGGCAUUGACACGUACAAGAAGGGCCACAACAAGUCGCUCUCUGCUACUGCGAGAGCUUUCAUCCCUGGCGGCGGCUGGGCGCCUACUCCGGCAACCGAAACCGAUGAGGACGAAGAGGACGAGCGUGACAGAGAAGACACCGUUGAGCCAAUCCUGCCUAGCACCGAGGCACCAGCCCCGGUCUCGCCACCUCGCGAGCCGUCUCCUCGGGUCCCGACACCUCCCAAGUUCGCCGCACCUAAGGGACUGGGCGCUUCUCGCUUCGCAAGCCCGCCUAAGACUAAGGGUCUGUCUGCGUCUCGGUUUGCCGCGUCUCCAUCGCCUGCGCGGAAUGCUGGAGAGGAGGUUUACGAAGACUCUCUGGAAGAGGGAGAGAUCCCCGAGGAGUAUGUUGUUUCUGAGGGAGAAGAGUAUCUUGAUGAGCCCAACGCCCACGAGUUCACCUUCCCGUCAAAGUCCGCGAUUGAUGCCAGUAACGAGCAACAUGAGCCAACUUUCGAGGAGAUUGAUGAUAUCAUGAACCACCUCAACCAGAAUGACCCGACUUUUGGUGUCAACAAGGCCAAUGAUGAGGCCGCCAGAUGGCACCAGCCCAGCCCCAACAGGCAGAUCCAGGUCGCUGGUGUUACCAACUUGUCGCCGUACAAGAUGCAGGCCGGCAGCCAAUACCGCAGCAGAACCUCCAGCCCUAUGCGCCAAUACCAUGGACUCCCCACCGACAACUCGGCCAUGCCGACUACGGAGUUGGAAGAUCCUUUCGUCGAUCCUCCACUGAGUGCACAGUCAUUCGAUGCUCCGAUUACCCACCUGGUUGGCCAAGAGAGUGCUGCACAGAGCGACUGGGAAGGUGCAUUCAGCGACGAAGAACAAGCCAAGUUGGAGCAGCGUGUUCAGUUCUUCGACGGUCGCGUCAACGAAGCCGUCGGCGAUCUGCUCUCCGCUCGCUUGGGUCCUCUUGAGAAGACUCUACUGUCCAUCAAGCAGUCUCUCCGGGGCGACAGAAGAGCUUCGUCUUCCGUCCGCCGCAGCGUCUCUGCCGAUAUACAACACAGCGACGCUGAUGAUGAGGAUGAAGAGCCCGUGCCUCGUCGCUCGCUUAGUCCGCGCCGCGACAAGCGGAUGGAACAAAUCCGUGCUGCUGUACUCGAUGCUUUUGCUGUUCAGCAGCGUGGUGCCUCUUUCGUGCCUCAAAUUUCAGCCCCCGCUGCCGAUGAGCCCUCCAGCACUGCUGUUCUAAAGGCUUUGGAGGAGAUGAGAGAGCAGUUUGGCGCUUCAAUGCGCCUUGAUUUCCGUGGCGAGGAUCUGCGAAACAUUGUCGAGGAAGCUGUCGAGAAGCGCAUGCCAACCCCGUCUCAACAGCCGACAGCCGAUCGUGAUCAUGACGAGGCCGUCAACAACAAGUUGAGUGAGCUUCAAGCCAAGGUCAUGGAUCUCGAAGAGCGCCUUUAUGUUGAGCGUAGCAAGACUGAGAAGGAGGUUACCGACCGCCGCGCCGCCGAAGAUCUCGCGGCAGAGCUCGACAGAAAGCUUCAGUCCGCCGAAACUCGCGUUGAAGUCGAGAUCAUGAACAAGAGCAUUUUCGACCAUCGCGUUAGCGACCUGGAGGAUAAGCUCCGACACCAGGAAGAGCGCACUCAAGCAGAGCUCGACGGUCGCCGAACCGCCGAAGAUAGACUCUCUGAGGUUCAGCGUCUGCUCCGUAUUGCCAGCGAAGAGGAGGUCCGUCUCCGUGAGGAAGUCGAGGAGCGGGACCACAAGCUCAAGGCCUUUGAACAGGCCGCUUCUAAGCAAACAAUGCGCAUGGCACUCAUGGAGGCCUCCCAAACCAACGCUACUCAGGCGCAGACUGAACUUACCAACAAGAUCAACGCUAUGGAGGACGAGGUCCGAGGCGCCACCCACGAGGCUAACCGCUGGAGAUCCGAGACAGAGCGCGUGGUUGAGACUGCCCGCAGACAACAGAUCGAUCUCACCGAGACACUCCAAGAGAACAAGGCCAUGCAGAAGUUCAUUGACACCCUUGGAACUCAGCUUCAGGAGAAUGAGCGCGUCAGGGAAAGCUGGCGUGCCAAGUUUGUCUCCCUCCAGGAAGACAUGGCCAAGGCUGCCCGCGACAUCACCGAGGAGAAUGCUCGUCGCACCAAGCGGGAGCAGCAACUCGUCGCCCGUCAAGAGGUCUUGGAUGCUAAGCUCCAAGCCGAGGCCCGUACGCGCGAACGGAUUGAAGCCGAAAUGGAGAGACUCGAGAACGGCGAACGCCAAGGCAUGCGUGCCGUUAAUGAGUGCAAGCGUCUCGAGGGUCUGCUUGGCGAGAUGAAAACCGAGAACCACAAGCUUCACCAGUCUGCCAUGCGAUACCAGAGCGAGUUCAAGGAGGCACGAGAGUCUGGCAUUGCCGAGGUUCAGCGAACGCGCGUUUCUAUGCAGCGCGAGAUUGACGAAGCCAACCACCACGUCAAUGCUGUUCGUGAAGAACUCGAGGAGCAGGUCGCUAAGCUCAGAGCAGAAGUUGAUCAGGCCAACAUGGACGUCGAGACUGCCAAAGCUCAAUCUGAGAUGAUGAUGGAGGAGGCUCAGACCAGCAAGACCGAUGCCAUUGAGGAACUCAAGCGCAAGCACCAGAACGAGCUCGAAGACUUCCAGACCCGCUGGGAGCGCCAGCUGAGCAACGCCGUCGAAGAUGGCCAGAAGACUGAGCAGCACCUCCUCGAGCGUCUCAGCCUGUCCACGUCCAAGACAGAACAUCUCCAAGACCGUGUCGCACAUUUGGAAGAGAAGCUCGAGAUCGCCAAGGAAGCCGCUCGCGCUGCCGCUCAAGCUGCCAAGUCCGCAGGUGUCGAGCCAACCGCUCUCCCCACCGCAUCUUUCCAGCCCAAGGCCGUGGCUCCUGCCGCACCCGUUGUGUCGAAGGCCAUGGACCUCCCAGAGAAGAUCUCGCCCCAGGCGUUGCGAGAGUCCAUCAUGGUCUUGCAAGAGCAGUUGCAGGCACGCGAGCAGCGCAUCGAAGAGCUCGAGUCUACCGUCGACAAGCUGGACCCCGAAGCUCCUACCAAGAUUGCUAAGCGUGACGACGAGAUCACUUGGUUGCGCGAGCUUCUUGCCGUGAGACACGGCGAUUUGCAAGACAUCAUCCUUGCCGUCUCUGCCGAAGACUUUGACAGGGAAGCCGUCAAGGAUGCGUCCAUCCGUCUCAAGGCCAACCUUCAAAUGGAGGAACAGGAACGCGAGCGUGCGAUGAAUGGCGGAUCAGCAAUCAAUCUGCCCAACAUUGCACAGUCACUUCGGGAGGCUGCAUCGCCUCGUGUUGCUCAAGCUGUGGGACCCCUGGCUGCGGCCUGGGGUAACUGGCGCAAGUCGCAACAGCCCAUCUUCGCAUCGGGCGGACGAAGCGGUAGGCCCUCUACGGCCCGUCCUGCUGUCAAUAGCAACCACACCCCGUCCCGAUCUACCACGUCGGCCUCUUUCAGCAACAACCACAACGGACUGAUGACCCCGCCGGCUUCUGGUCUCCGUCAGACCCCUACUUCGAACGCUGCGCGCGCUGAGGAACCUCAACCAACGGCGUUCCAGACCACAGGACGUCGGUACACGGCUCAGCAACUACAGGCCAGGAACCGAGGACCGUCCAUCACGGAGGUGCCAUCCGAGCCGAUGCCCCUCAAGAGCCCGCCCGCUCGCCGUCCGUCGAGCCGUUCUCAACAGCCCAUGACUCCUCCGAUGAUGCGGUCAAGCGGCUACGACUCAGAUGCUCACCCGGGCGACUUUGACGACACUGACUUCUUUGAAGACUAA